AACGCACAGUCGUUGAAUGUUGUUGCGCGCAGCUCUGUUUUUCACAUUUACGACGGUUCUAUCGUUGGAGUGCUAUAAAGGAAUCGAGGGAAAUAAGGCUAUAACUGUGGUUGACCAAAGGAAGAUGUGCAUCUAUGAAACGAAUGCUCCAUGUGAUUUCAAAACUUUGCCUGCAACUAAGAAGAACUUUUACGUGUCUGCACUCGGCAAAUCAGUCAACAGAUGCUGGACAGGACGUAGAGCUUUAUGCGCCUGCAACACCGAUAGGUGUAAUGGAAAUUUCGAAUUAAUGCUGAAGUACUGGUUAGCAUCGAAAAAUGCGAACAUAGAGCAAAAAAACUGUGUGGCUGAAUAUCUUAGAAAAAAAGCGAACUUGGUUGCAACAGCAUCGUCGAAUGUACUUACAACAAAAGAACUAAAAUCGGUCAAGACUAUCAAGACUACUGCAUCAAAGAGAACAACGAAGAGUCUUUCGCUACCCUCGGAUACACGGUCUACGCCUAAAUUUGUAGUGAAGUCAGAAGCGGCUACAUCACCCUCGCAGACUGCAGGAACACCAUUAGCGUCAAAAACGAUAGUGGAAGAAACAGAUGCACCCUUAACAGAUAAGUCCGAAAUUGCGAGUGGAACUACCGAUGAGCCUCCAAUCGUGGCUCCCGAGCCUGAUGCUUCAGUAGAGGGUGGCUCAAAGCCUAAAAAGCCUAAAAAGCGUGGAACUUUAACUAAAUUCUUGAUUUAUGGCGCCAUCUGCAUAGGCAUAGUCGUACUCGUAUGUCUUGUGCUCCCGGUCAUUGUUGUUUACGCAAUCAUGAAGAAACACCACAAGGUACCAAAAGCAGCAAUGCAAAAAAAAGGACAAACAGGGACUGCAACAACAAGUUCAACAACAAACAUGCAACAGACGAAGAAAUCAUUUUGGAAGAAAGGUGCUAAGGAGAAACAAAGUUCGGCAGGAAAACCCACAAAGAAGUCGCAAGCUGGAAAUAUUACAGCAAAAUAAUGAAGAUGAUAGAAACAUUAAAUGAACAAAUUAAAAAUUGAAAGGAAAACUAAUAAUCUGAUGGAC